UUUGACGUAGUCUGGCUGCGUCGGAAGUGACGAUUUUCGGGUGAAAUGGCGGCCGAGCAGGAAGGAGAGUGUUUUACGCUUCCUAACGAUGUGCAGUUCGCAGAUCGGGGCGGUUUCAGAUGCCUACUCUGUGGGGUCAGCAUCGCGAAUCGUCCCAGCCUUUGUGACCACUUGCGUGGCCGACGACACAUUCGGCUAUGUGAGGAAAGAGAGAAGCGCCAACAGCAACAGGAGCAUAGCGUGUAUGUUAGUGGCUUUCCUCGUGGCACUACAGAGGAGCAGCUAAAGGAUCUGUUCCAGGACAUCUCUCCAGUCAAGGGUAUUUUGAUGGACAAAGAUCAUGGUUUUUAUGCCAUUGUGGAAUUUGAGAACAAGGAUGGAGUGAACCUGUGCUUGACAGAGACUGUGCUCAAACUAGGGAAGAAGCGCCUGAAAGUUAAACGACGCAAUAAAAAAGAGUUCCAAAGGAAGGAAAGAGUUUGUUCUGAAGACCUGCAGCCCCCUGAUCCUGAAGCACUGUGUAAGGAACUGAUGCAAUGCACUGAUGUGGAGGAUCAAAUCAAGUGUGUGACUUCCCUUUGUUCCCCCUCUCAAUACGAGAAUCAUCUGCGAGAGCUUCUUCUAUCUCUGCUGCAAGAAACAUUUACAGAGUUCUUUCCAGGGUGCCGGCUGCUCCCGUUUGGGUCCUCUAUGAAUGGUUUUGAAAUCAGUGGUUGUGACUUGGAUUUGUACUUAGAACUGGGAGAGCAUGAUGGUGGUGAGCAAGGAAAUGUGGAAAGAGAAAGUGUACAUGUUGAAAGGAUAGAGCAAAUUAAAGCAUCGGGACAAAAUAAAACUGACUACAAAGAAGAGGUUGAAAAUGAGGAUAUUGGUCCUGGCCUGUCCUUGAAGGGGCUUACCUCUGAAAACGUCUUAGAGUUGGUACAGGAAAUCCUUCGACGCUGUGUCCCUGGAGUACAUGCGGUUCAGAGGGUCCCUUCUGUUCGAUGCCCUGUUGUACGCUUCCAGCACAAGGCAUCUGGGCUAAGAGGCGAUAUUACACUCAAUAAUCGGUUGGCUCUGCGGAACUCCACCUUUUUACGUCUCUGUUCUCACCUGGACCCUCGAGUUCGUUGGCUUGUGUACGCCGUACGGUACUGGGCAAAGGUGCACCAACUUGCAGGUAACCCGUUGGGAGGUGGGCCUCGGCUGAACAAUUAUGCUCUGACGCUGCUUAUUAUUUUCUUUCUGCAAACAAGGAGCCCCCCAGUAAUUCCCACCCUGAGCAAGUUGAGAGAAGAGGCUGUAAAUGAAGCUCCUCAGGUGAUUGAUGACUGGGAUUGCAGCUUCCCUUCUGACCCAAACAAAGUUCAAGCCAGUACCAACCAACAAAGUUUAUGUUGUCUUCUGUUGGAGUUUUUCUCUUUCAUCUGUGCUCUGGACCUGACCUCCGUUAUCCUCUGCCCCAGGAAUGGCUUAAUCUUGCCUCUUCCGUUGUCUCCUCCUCCUUCCUGGUUAAAAGGUUUCCGUUUAGGAUUUCUGAAUUUACAAGACCCUUUCGAACUGAGUCACAAUGUGUGUGCUAAUAUCAGCUCACGCACAGGUCGCUGCUUCUUAAAACAGUGUGCAUUAGCGGCUCAGGCCUGCAGCACCUCUUUCUACCUUAAGCGUUCUAUGUCCCGCCCAUGGGGCAUUGCUUUAAUUCUCAUUCCUCCAUCCCCAGCAGAUGAGAUGAAACCAAGGGUUGGGUCUAAGAUUAUGAUACCAUUAGGUGAAGUUCAACUUGAGGAUGUGUGUGCAGCUGUAAGAAAGGUUCUUGUAGAUGUUUUGCUGUGCACAUGUGAUACGUGUGAUAAAUGCAAAGCCACACUAGACGAUAAAUGGAGGAAAGGAAAUCUGUCAGGAAAAGAUAUAGCCGUUUCAACAGAGGAUGAGCAGACCAUGCCAUGCACGGUGUCAUUCAAUGCAGAGCAAGAGGAUUCUGAAGACACAAAAGAAAAUAUUGAGAGAACAAGAAAUGGAACACUUGAAAACAAACAAAAAAGAAAAGAAAUCUACAAUGGUGGGGUCAAAAAGAGACUGAAAACAGAGGAAUCCUGUGAAGACCCUAGUGUAAACCAAGAAACAUGCAAUAAGUUACAUACAGAGUCUGUACAUCUGUUAAGGGUGUGUGUGUGGCAUCGGGUUUGGGAGGGACGGCGCAAAGAGAGGAGACAUCUCCAGGUAGGGUCGCUGAAGGGUGCAGCACUUGAGACUGCAGUUUCUUGUGCAUUGUUUUCAGGAAAAGGUGAAGUUAAGGGAGAGGAGCCGCUGAUUAGAGUGAUAGUGAAGGCUCGGUUAACAACUGAGGGCCAAAUUCAGUUAUCUCUAACUCCUGAUAGUGACCCUCAUGGCCUUAGCAUAUCGUUUUUUCAAUUUUUAGGGGGAUUUCUUCCACGUAUAAUAAAAGAAUUCUUGAUAAACUGAGAAUAAUCGGGAUGAAUACCUGCUCUUCACCCAAAUGUCGACAAAAUGAUAUUGGUAUUGUUCGUGGAUUUUGUAGGUCUGAUCCAUGGACAACAGCUUUGUUGUGUUUGUCAAUGUAUGUAUUUAUACUACUUAAAUAUGUAUGUAAAAAACUUUUAUAUGUAAAAUCUGCAAGUGAAAAUA